AUGCGGUUGCAUAUAAUUGUUCUUUCCCUCAUUACUGCCCCUAUUAACUGUAAUUAUCCUCAGUUUAAUGCGAACUCAGACAGAAAUUCUACUUCUACUCAAGCGUAUAAAGGUGAAGGAGCUAGGAACGUUACCCUUCGCUUAGCCGAUAGAAGGGCUGGUAGGUGGAGGCAUUACAAUAAACUCGUCAAGAAACUUAUAAAGUUUGUGGAAAACCUUCAACAAGCGGAUGGACAGCAGUGCAUCACAGAUCUCACGACUCUUCUGGCUGGUGCCAGCUCAGUGCUUGCGCAGGCACCAUUCUGUGCACUUGUGUCACAAAACUGCGGAAGUGACUUGCCAUACUGGAAACUUCGAGUGCUUGACGCUUGGCCGCGACUACCACCAGGCCUUACAAGCAAAGGACCGAUGUUCCUCCUAGGAGAUUACGAUACCUGCGCGAAACAAUGGGAUGAAGUUAUAGAAGAGAUGGAGAACAUCACUUCCGAGCGUGUCCACUAUUGCAGAACCACGAUGACAGCGAAAUCAGAAGCCGGAGCAAUAACGGUAACCACCGGUUUUUGUUUACCGUCAUCAUGCCGCGUGAAUGCUGUAGCGUCUCUAGCCAGUCACUUCAGCGAAGAAUUUCUGGGAUUUCCUGGCAUAUCAGAGAACUGGAUAUCAGUUGAUAGAACUGCAUGCCAGGGGAAGAACGAUAAUAGGCUUGUUGAGAAACUUUUGUUAAUUUCUUCGAUAGCGAUAACUCUCAUCUUAAUUACCGGAACAUCGUUGGAUGUUUUUGUAAUUAACAAACGUCCCGGCAAAGGCCAUGCUGACGAUCGCACAUUUUCCGGAAGCGAUAUGACUGCAGCUAUGAAUGCUCCAAGAAAAUUCAACUGGUUUAAUGCACCAUCAGUUGCACUCACAUAUAAAAAUGUGCCCGACUUGUCGCGAACACUUGCAAAACCUGCCAUCAUUUUAGAUAUUCUAUGUUCCUUCAGCGUCCGAGUUUCUUUGAGACAGCUUAAUCGUAACACUGCAAAGGAGAUCGCUUGUUUAAAUGGGAUUAAGGUUAUCAGCAUGUUGUGGGUGAUACUGGGCCAUUCAUCGCUCUUCACUCUACCCUACAUGGAUAACCUUCCCACAUUUCUUCCGUUACUCAAGCGUUCGCGGUGGCUCGCUCCAAUACUUCUCAAUUCCUCGCUGGCAGUCGAUUCGUUCCUUUUUAUAUCCGGAACAGUGGUAGCAUUCUCCAUGCGGAAACGUCUAUUAUUCAGGUAA